GCCAAGUGCAUACGGCUGUUAUGGGUGCAAAUAAUUAAUAAUCUCUCAUUCCUUAAGUCUUUCGUAUCACUUACAUUGCAGUUAAAUACGAUUCCCGUAGAUGGCUGUACCAAAGUAACCACUGGCAUGUGAGGCCGUUGGCCUUCUUCGUCGUUCUUUUGAGAACCUUGAGAAGCUGGUCAGCUGUGGAAUCGCCUUGCACAAGAGCGAGAUAACUAAACAAGUCGACAAAAUAUUUUGAAGAAGCUAGAAGGCGUAACAGAGCUCAGCUCAUCCCUUGAGUCUGUAUCGAGUGGACGUGUCAAACGUAGAAAAAAGGAAUUUGACGUCAUUUCUCUAACAGAUAUUACACCUUUUGGAGUUCUGGAGCAAAAUGGAGAAUAGAGAUAUGGCAAAUCCAUAUAAUACUGUCAAGUGUACACUGUCUGUCAAUGACAAAGCAUAUUCUUACUUCAAUCUCCGAAGCGUUGACCCAGAAAAAUACGAUAAAUUGCCCUUUUCUAUCCGAAUUUUACUUGAGUCUGGAGUUCGGAAUUGUGAUGGUUUUCACAUUACCAAAGAAGAUGUUGAAAAGAUAUAUAACUGGGAACUUCAUCAAAAGAGUGAAGAGACAAUUGAGGUUUCAUUCAAACCUUCUAGAGUUAUCUUACAAGAUUUCACUGGGGUUCCUGCUCUCGUGGAUUUUGCUGCCAUGAGAGAUGCUGUAAAUCAAUUUGGGGGAAACCCUUUGACCAUCAAUCCAAUAUGCCCUGCAGACCUGGUGAUUGAUCACUCAGUUCAAGUUGACUUUUCCCGCAGUGCAAAAGACACAGCAGCAGCUACAGACUUCGGAUGCCCGCCCACUCAGCGAGUUCUAGAUUUAGAAGACACUCCGGCUUACGGUAGCUUGAUGUCUCAUGCGGCACGCCAUCGCUUACCAGUUUUCGUAAAUCUGAAAGUCGACUCUUCGAAUACCAAUGAUACGAUUGGUGGGCGGGGCACUCCUCAUUGGACUGGUGAGAUGGCGAAUCGUACCACGAAAUCUUGUCAUUCUAUCGAACAAUCACCGGCUUUUACCAGAAGUGUGAACAAAGGAUCGGGAUCUAGUGUUCUACGAAGACGUGUCUCGCCUAUUCCGACUAUGUGUGGACAUCAUUGCGAUGGCGUGACCUGCUUGCUCUCCGCGGCGAGCGUCAUCGAAGCCCCGUGUCUUAAAGUCGAAGAAACCAAAAAAAACCUUGACAAAUGUCUCAGUUUGUCGGGAAUCCCGAUUCCGGACCGACUUUGCCAGACUUUGACGGACCGACUUUGCCCGUUCCAUCACAUUCCCUCUUUGUGGUCAGACGCGUUGGAGAAAAAUCAAGAUUUGGAGUUUGAACGCAACAAGGAGCGUUUCGCCUUCUUGAAAUGGGGUGCUCAAAGCUUCAAGAAUAUGAUCGUAGUUCCGCCGGGAUCGGGCAUCGUUCAUCAAGUGAACUUGGAAUAUCUCGCUCGCGUUGUCUUCGACAAAGAUGGCCUUCUUUAUCCCGACUCGGUUGUUGGAACAGAUUCGCAUACGACCAUGAUUAACGGGUUAGGAGUCGUCGGAUGGGGAGUUGGAGGCAUUGAAGCUGAAGCGGUUAUGCUAGGACAAGCUAUUUCAAUGGUUUUGCCUCAGGUCAUUGGAUACCGGAUUACUGGGCAUUUGAGCCAAUUGGCUACAUCCACUGAUGUUGUCCUGACUGUCACGAAACAUCUCCGCCAGGUUGGCGUGGUCGGCAAGUUUGUGGAAUUUUUCGGGCCUGGUGUUAAUGAACUGUCAAUUGCCGACCGUGCAACGAUCAGUAACAUGUGCCCUGAAUAUGGAGCAACAGUUGGUUAUUUUCCCGUUGACGAGAAAACAAUCGCAUACCUACGGCAGACGAACCGAUCGGCGGAACAAGUUGCUUACGUUGAAUCAUAUAUGAAGGCUGCCAGCAUGUUCAGAGAUUUUAAUAACAGUGCUCAGGAUCCCGUUUUUACUCAAAUUUACGAACUUGAUCUGAGCACAGUCGUUCCAUCACUCUCUGGUCCUAAGCGUCCACAAGAUCGUAUUGCUCAAUCAGACUUCAAAUUAGACUUCAGUCAAUGCUUAAGUAGUAAGGUUGGUUUCAAAGGAUUCGGUAUUGCGGAAGAAAAGUUGAACGCGAGCGCAUCUUUUGAAUAUGAAGGAUCAACGUAUACUCUUCGGCAUGGUUCCGUGGUUAUUGCCGCAAUAACGAGCUGCACUAAUACCAGUAAUCCAUCUGUUAUGCUGGGGGCCGGGCUUUUGGCCAAAAAAGCUGUUGAAGCGGGAUUAGAGGUUGCACCUUAUAUAAAGACGUCGUUAUCUCCUGGGAGUGGUGUUGUCACGUACUACUUGAAGGAGUCGGGAGUUAUUCCGGCUUUAGAAAAACUAGGAUUCAAUAUUGUUGGAUAUGGAUGUAUGACUUGCAUCGGAAAUAGUGGUCCGCUUCCUGAAUCCGUAGUGGAAGCUAUUGAGAAGAACGACCUGGUAUGCUGCGGUAUUUUGUCCGGCAACCGGAAUUUCGAAGGCAGGAUACAUCCAAAUACUCGAGCUAACUAUCUAGCGUCUCCAUUGUUAGUCGUGGCAUAUGCCAUCGCAGGGACGGUUGAUAUUGACUUUGAAAUUCAGCCGCUCGGUUAUUCUCCGGAUAAUAGGCCCGUCUUUUUACGAGACAUUUAUCCAACCCGGAAAGAAAUCCAAGCUGUCGAACAGCAGUUCGUUAUUCCUGCCAUGUUUCAGCAAGUCUAUUCUCGUAUCACUAAAGGAAGUGACUCAUGGAACAAGCUUGAAGCUCCCCAAUACGAUCUUUAUCCAUGGAAUGAAUCUUCGACGUACAUUAAAAAACCACCAUUUUUUGACGACAUGACCAAGGACAUUCCUUCGAUCCAGAGUAUUAAAGAAGCUCAUGCUCUGCUUUUUCUGGGCGACUCUGUUACAACCGAUCACAUUUCUCCGGCUGGCAGCAUUGCACGCAAUAGCCCUGCUGCUCGAUAUUUAGCUGCUCGCGGGUUGUCUCCGCGAGAAUUCAAUUCGUAUGGAGCUCGUCGCGGAAACGAUGAAAUCAUGGCUCGUGGAACUUUUGCAAACAUUCGUCUAAUUAAUAAUUUAGUGUCCAAACCUGGUCCGCGCACUAUUCACAUUCCAUCAGGAGAAGAAAUGGACAUAUUCGAUGCUGCCGAGCGCUAUCGUAAAGAUAAAUGCAAUUUAAUUGUUUUAGCGGGAAAAGAAUACGGUACGGGCUCUUCCCGCGAUUGGGCAGCAAAAGGUCCAUGGAAACUUGGAAUAACUGCCGUUAUUGCGGAAUCUUUUGAGCGGAUCCAUCGAUCGAAUUUAGUUGGAAUGGGGAUCCUCCCAUUGCAAUUUCUUGAGGGACAGCAAGCCAAAUCUCUUGGUCUCACUGGAAGGGAAAAAUUUACUAUCAAUAUUCACGCCGAUAUUAAACCGGGCCAAUUAGUUGAAGUUCAGGUUGGUGAAAGUGGCAGUUUUCAGACACAGCUGAGAAUUGAUACUGAAGUGGAACUUGCCUAUUUCAUAAACAGAGGCAUUCUAAACUAUAUGGUUAGAAAGCUUGCCUGAACAGAGCUUUACUGAGUGAUGUAAUAUCCAACUUUUGAUUGUUUGGAUUGGUUUUUGGGAUAAAAUUGCUCACUUUUUAGUUUUGUUAUUUUCUUAUCUUUAUGUCUAAGCGGUUAUAAUAUACAAGAAAAAUUA